AGUUUGAGGCAGUGGCACACUGCUUCGUAACAAAUCCACAAAAAAAUAGAAAAAUAUUGUCCUUUUUGUUGUAUUUCUUUUAAAGUAACCGCCACCGCAACCAACGCAUUACUUCGCCAUUUGUGACUCCUUUAGUGACGAACUACAGAAACCAUGCAGUGGUAAUUGCUUAAAGUGACGUGCAUCACAAGUGCGUAAUGUGCAGUGUGUUCUUCAGUGAACCGUGUUAAAUGAACGGUCAACAUGUUUAGAAGUAGAAGCUGGUUCGGGGGAGGUUGGGGCCGCCCCAAAAACCCUCAUUCUCUCGAACGCUUGAAGUAUUUACACAACAUUCUAUGCAAGAAUACGACUGUGUCUGAGAGUAAUCGUGGUACCCUAGUGGAGUCUUUGAGGUGUAUAGCCGAGAUAUUGAUAUGGGGUGACCAGAAUGAUAGCUCAGUUUUCGACUUUUUCUUGGAAAAGAACAUGCUAUCCUACUUCCUCAAGAUAAUGAGACAGAAAUGCGGAGGCUCUUCAUAUGUGUGUGUACAACUACUUCAGACUCUCAACAUACUGUUUGAAAACAUACGGAAUGAAACAUCACUGUAUUACUUGCUGAGCAAUAACCACGUGAACUCUAUAAUAGUGCAUAAGUUUGACUUCUCCGACGAGGAGGUGAUGGCAUACUACAUCUCGUUCCUCAAGACACUCAGCUUCAAACUGAACAGCCACACAAUACACUUCUUCUAUAAUGAGCACACAAAAGACUUCCCUCUGUACACGGAGGCGAUCAAGUUCUUCAACCACUCAGAGUCCAUGGUGAGGAUCGCGGUGAGGACAUUGACUCUUAACGUGUACAGGGUACAAGAUGCGAGCAUGCUGCGUUUCAUCAGAGAUAGAACUGCGGCGCCAUACUUCAGUAACCUAGUUUGGUUUAUCGGCAAACAUAUACUAGAGCUGGACGCGUGCGUGCGAAACGACUCGGACCACCAGUCCCAACAGAAACUUGACGACUUAGUCUCCGAGCAUUUAGACCACUUACACUACAUAAACGACAUACUCUGUCUCAACAUCCCUGAUCUCAACGAUGUGUUGACUGAACACCUCCUGCAUAAACUCCUCGUGCCCCUGUACAUAUACUCUUUAACUUCUGACUCUGUAAGACGACCGCUCUCUCGUCAAAACUCGUCACCGUACAACAGAGACAACUUGCAAACUAUAGAAGUUAUAACAAGGAAUUUAGAGGCUAUCCUUAAAGGCAAAACCACGGAUAUGUCACCUUCUAGAAUGUCUUUUACUAGACAGAGAAUGGAGUCAGAGGAUGAAGUGAAACCAUCUGUGUCCUGUGUAGUAUCACUGUUUCUGCUGUCGCAAGUGUUUUUAAUAAUCACACAUGGUCCUAUAGUACACGCGUUAGCAUGGAUAAUACUACAAUCAGAUUUAUCAGUAUUCGAAGACGGUGCUACUAAGAUAUUAGAAAUGUAUAUCAGUAAUGCUAAAUCCAGCGUUAAACUAGAGUUUUCGAAGCCGCAGCUAAGUUUAGAAAAGGCUUUGGAAAGUUCAGGGCAGGAAAGGGAUUAUACCACGCCAGAAUACAGUGGUCCUAAACUGUUUGGUUAUGACACGGAUCAGUCAAGUUGUGAUUUAGAUCCUGAGCUAGUGUCCACUUCCUUACCGUCCACUUCGCAUAUAAGUGAGUCUUCUAGCGUCGCUCACGACUCAACGGAAGAUCUGGCCACGCAGAUGGCUUCAAAGUCUUCCAGUUCAAAGACUUUAGCUAAGCAGAAUAUGCCUGAUUCGCCUUUGCCUGAUUCUGGGAUUGAGUUGAGCUCUUCAAAGUCAGGCCCAGAACUGAAUAAUAUAACUGACGAGGAAAAACAAAAGCUGCUCGGUGUUCCGCCUAGCUCUCCUGCAUUACCGUCGACAUCGAUGGAAAAUAUACUUAUUAGAGAGAUUAGAGACAUCGAGACAAGGCCGUUUUUGAAGACAAUUUUGGAUUCUUUGGACUGUAAUGAAAAUGACUAUAAGGCGCUAUUCGCGCUUUGUUUGCUGUUUGCGUUGAUAAAUAAUAAAGGUGUAAAUACAGAACUCCUCGACACGCUACUAUGCCCAGAGCAGAACGAAAAUUCAAAUAUAACGGCAACUUCAAGCGAACAAUCUGUAGAAAGUUCACAAGAUGGCGCCACUUCCACUCCGUCCAAACGUCCAGUGCAGAGCUACAACGCCCUGCUCAUAUCCAAGCUCACGGCUAUCGUCGCACAGAGCUGUAAAACUACUUCAAAAGUCCGGCUAGUGACACUGGAACUGAGCGUGACGCUGGUCGGCAUCGCGAUGCUGGGCGCGGGCGGGUCGCCGGGCGCGCGGCACGUGACCGUGGCGGACAACCUGCGCGUGCGCGCGGCCGCGCUGGCGAGGAACUUCUACAAGUGCGACGAUAUCUUCCUAGACAUGUUCGAAGACGAGUAUUGCGAGAUGAGCAAGCGGCCGUUAAACGUAGAGUGGCUUUGCAUGGACGCGGCUAUUCUGCUUCCGCCCACUCGCACCCCCAUGUCCGGGAUCGCGUUCGCCAAACGACUGCCGAGUGGCGAGAUGGAACGAGCGAGACGCGCUAUUCGCACAUUCUUCCUCAUACGAGACCUAUACUUGAAGUUGACUGGCAAACCAGAAACUCAACUGCCAUUGGCCAACCCCGCUCCUUUCGUACAAGUUGGAGACGUCUUGGACUUAAAUGACUCUGACCUGAUAUCCUGCGAUAUAAUUCAAAAGGACGGGACGUGGCACCACAGGUUCCUAGCCGUGGACAACAUACAGGUUAUAUUGGUGGAGCCCGACAAGCAGCGCCUGGGUUGGGGCGUUGCUAAGCUAGUUGGCAGCUUACAGGACCUAGAAAUACAAGGCGACAAAGAAGACCCCCGUUGCCUGCACCUGACCAUACAUAAGCCUAGAGUCGGUGCCAGCGGAGCGCUACCCCGCACCGUGUUGCUGCGAGCCAAGUUCAAGUUCGACGACCAUAUUCGGAGUAUGGCGGCCAAACAGAGGCUUACCAAGGGCCGAACCAAGUCCCGGCAGAAGAAGAUGCAGCAGAUCGGUCGCCUGCUGGAGGUGGCGGGCAUGGCGGGGGCGGGGACGCUGGCGCCGCGCCACCGCCCGCUGUUCGCGCGCCCCGGCGUGUCCGCCGUGCGCCGCCACGGCAGUGCCGACGGCGACGACAUAGAGCGUCGUCUCCGCAGACCCAGUGGACACAUGCUCAAAGAUGGCAUCGUCGUUUACCGCGAAAGGACUACAAGCCGAGAAAGUAGUAUAUCGCGUGGCAGCAGCGGCCACGCAUCCCGAGACGGCUCGCCGCGCUCCCGAUCCGAGGAGAUACCUCUUGAAGACAUCAGGAGGAACGCGGUAGCGGCCACUACCGCCCCCGCUACCGUCACUAUGCAGGCUCAACCGAGUACAUCUCAAGCCCCGAAGCCACAGAUUUCCUCCGAAGAGACAUCGUUCAUAUCGGGCGAGCCGCGACCCAAACGCAAGGGCAUCGUCGAAACCAUUUGAUAUUAACCUAAACUGAGGUAUGGAUAGAACUAGCGAGGAUUCAACUAGAGAUCAA